UCCGCAUACGUUUCGUUCUGUGGAAAUUCACCAAGCUUAGUGGACUUGUAGUUUCUGUGUUAAAGGUGGCACUACAAUGCCUGGGCGCUUCCCUGUUUAUCGUUAGCUUAUCUAUCUAUUAUUAUUCGUAUUAUUAUUAUUUUUAUAAUUAUUAUGUAUUGUUAUUACAGCGCUGAGACGAUAUCCGCGGAGUUCUUUCGGCGCUGUAACAAAACAGAAAGUAGGCUCGACCAGACAAAGUAGACAUUUAUUGGAGCGACACACGUUUUGUAGCUUAUACUGUUGCGCUGGAGCACCCAGACACGCACAGUCCACAGUCUCUGCGGUCAUAUAAAUGCUACUAAACGGCAGCCUUGAUGUUCUUCCGGACGUCAUCAUUUGUGCGCUAGUUAACUUGAAAACAGGAAAUAAAGCGUGCUCCUCCGCUACUGGCGCAAAGUGCGUAACAGGGAAGUAAACCUAACCCAUUGUCUCCGCUGCAUAAAAGUUGUCCGGGGUGAACUGCUCGGUGCUCUCAGUGGAUUUCUCCUCGGUAAAAACAUUAAAACGUCAGUAACGAUCACACACGGGGACACACGUAAUCUUUAAAGUGAGUGAUGGAGGCAGGAAAUGUUCAUUAGGUUAUUCGGACUGGCGGAGUACUUGUGAGACAGACACCAGAGCAUUUUCCUAUGUUUGAAAUCUACAGUAUAUUUAACUGAAGCCCUCUGAUCAUGGCCCAGUGGACACAGAUGUCCCAGAUGAUACAGCACAUGAAUAACGACGCUAUGAACAGCCUCUAUCCCCCAGCCACCUUCCCCAUUGAAGUCAGACAUUAUUUAGCUGAGUGGAUUGAGAGACAAAGAUGGGACGACUUUGUGCUGGAAAAAGUGGACCAGGAGAGCAACGCCCAGGUUCUGUUGGACCAGACCAUCAGCAUGCUGCAAUCGAUCGCUCAGCAGAACGCCAAUGUGGUGGACCGGCUGAAGCUAAUGCAGAUCAGCAGGAACAUGACCAUGUUUCAGCAGCAACCUCUACAAUUUGCAGUGAUGGUCAGGGCCAUCCUCACAAAGGAGAGGGUUCUGCUGGCCACAUCCAAUCCACAGUUCCAACAGUACGCAAAUACAGAGUCCUCGUUCUCCAACAUACAGAGUGUAGACCACCUGGUUCUGAAGGUGCUAGAUGUCCAGGACACCCGACAAAAGAUGCACCAGCUGCAAGAAGAGCUCAACUGGGAGAGGCAGAACUAUGAGAGUUUACAAGAGCCAAAUAUGGAUCCCACAAGCUCAGAAAUGCAGAAACUCCAGAAGCUGCAGUACAACGUGAAGGCAAUGGCCACGAAGCGUUUCCAGCUGCUGAAGGAGUGUGUGGACAGUCUGGACCAGUGUCAGACCCUACUUAUCAGCAGGUUGAAGGAGUGGAGGUGGGAUCAGCACAAGGCCACCAUCGGACAACCAUUUGAUGACAACCUCAACCUCCUGCAGACCAGGUGUGAGCAGUUGCUUGGCGUAAAUGGAAAGCUGAGACAGGAGUUGGUGCUGAUAGGGAAACCAAUCCCAGAGCUCCAGGAAAGGCUGGGGACACUUCUCCAGGUUCUGAUUCAAAGCUCUAUUGUAGUGGACAAGCAUCCCCCUCAGGUCAUUAAGACGCAGUCAAAGUUCUCCACAACAGUGCGAUAUCUGUUGGGGGAAAAAGUUGCUCCUGGGAAGCCUGUGGUGCUAAAGGCGCAAAUCAUUAAUGAACUGCAGGCCAGAAACCUGGGAAGUGUACCUGGUGAUAAUGUUGGGGAACUGAUCAACAAUACAGCCAUCCUAGAACACAUCACAUCCACCAAAUACACAUGUGCCACCUUCAGGAAUAUGUCUAUCAAGAAGAUCAAGAGAGCAGACAGAAAGGGAUCAGAGUCUGUGACAGAAGAGAAAUUUGCUCUCCUUUUCUCGACGGAGAUCACCAUCACAGGCUGUGACACCCCCUAUAAGAUACAGAUAAUCUCACUGCCGGUGGUUGUCAUUGUUCAUGGUAGUCAGGAAAACAACGCUAUGGCCACCAUCAUAUGGGACUGCGCUUUUUCCGAACCGGACAGAGUGCCAUUCAAGGUGCCGGAGCGCGUGCCGUGGAAGAUGAUGUACAACACUCUCAACAGUAAAUUCACAGCUGAGGUCAAGACAAAGCACAAUCUUGACCAGUACAACCAGCACUUCUUGGCCCAGAAGGUAUUCUUUAUGCCUGACUUUGUCGAUGACUUCAGCAACAUGUUGGUAUCCUGGGCCCAGUUUAAUAAGGACGUUCUUCCGGGCCGACUCUUCACUUUCUGGCAGUGGUUUGAGGGAGUUAUGGAGCUGACCAAGAAGCACCUGAACAACUACUGGAGCGAAGGGCUGAUAUUUGGUUUCAUUGGGAAGCAGCAUCUACACCUGAUUCUCAAAGACAGGCCCAACGGGACAUUCUUGCUUCGCUUUAGUGACUCUGAGAUCGGAGGCAUCACCAUUGCAUAUGUGUCCGCUACUGAAAAUGGAGGACAGACAAUCCAUAACAUCCAGCCCUUCACCAAGAGAGAUCUUGAGAUCCGUAGCCUUGGAGACCGCAUCCGGGACAUAAACGACAUAACAUACCUGUAUCCUGAAUUUCCUAAAGAUGAAGUUUUCAAAAAAUUCUACACAGAGCCUCAAGCAGCACCCGGAGGGGGCUAUAUCCCUGUGUCUCUCCUUACCAAAGUCGGCACGGAAGCCCUCGUUGAUAGCCCUCACAGUGUUGUUGGCUUCUCUGUUUGUACAGAUGAUAUGGAACUAGAUAUUCAAACAAUCCUUGAGACUCUGGAUCAAUAGGAGGAUUUCCCAUCAAAAUUGGUUUUGGGCUGCCAAGCAGACAGCAGAUGGAGACCAGAGCCAAAAUCGUCUUACCUUCAUAUGAAAGGAGCCCCAUUGCUCGGUCAGACUUUCAUCCAUCUACGGAUUCAUCUACUUUUGAGUAAAAACAAAUCGAGCUGGUACUAUGUUGCAUAGGAAAUAAUUUUAAGGACAAAGUCAAACUGAGAACAAAGAAAAGUGCUGUCCUCCUUGUUGUGCAUCUCUUUAAAAAGAAACUCUGUCUCAGGUUUGUUGAUGUUGUUCUCCACUCAGUGGACAGUCAGCCACCGCUAUGUUCUCCUCUGGGUUUGUUGCAUGUUUUACAAGACGAAAGCACAUCUGAGUGUUUUUUCCAUAUUGUAUAUAAUCAUUCCUUAUGAUGGCUAAACCUCAGCUAUGGUAGCUAUGGUAUACUCAAUCUCACAUUAACUCACAGAAUGCAUGAGCACGACUUCAUAGAUCAGCCAAUGUUCAUGGCCUAACCUGUUUUGUAUAUAGUGUGGAUUAGGAACAUGAAAGGAACAAUAAGCUUGUUUAUUACUGUUGACUGUUACUAUAUUGAUGGACACUCACGAUAUAGCAGAUGGCAAAAUAAUGGUGAUGAUGAUGAUGGCGGUGGUGGUGGGAAAUGCUUAUAUUAUUUCGGACUACUUAGAGUGGCAAUCUUUCACAUUUCAGGUUGAUUUACGACACCCUACUGGUAGUAACAGCAAAUUCGGUUUGAUACCACAGGUGGCAGAAUGCUGAGGGUUUCUCUCCUUCCGUCUCCUUCUUCUUCCAUUACUGCAUUAUGUAAAACUGAUCUGCUGUCAAAAAAUCCCCCAAAUGAUCGUCUUGUUUUGCAGAUGCAUUUUUGAUGAACGAUUGCGGUCAACGUCAAGCUCAAUGACAAAAAAACGUUUAUUUCCUCUAACUGCUUCAUAAUAAAAGUAAACUUGUUUUUGGCGAGUUAAAUGCUUUUAAUAUGAAGCCACAGCAGUAGAAAAUGUUCGGUUUGCAAGGGCAGUAACUUAAUACAGCAUGUUUUCCUGGAAUGUCGCCACAGACACCCAGUUCGUAAUGCUGCAAACACAUAAAUAUUGCAAUACUUUCAUCAGUGGGCAAUAGGCUAAAUAAAUAUUGUGUUAACCCAUUCUGCAAUAUUAUUAGGCUACUUUAGAGACUCAAAUAUGUGUAUUUUCUGUUCAUGUUUAUAUUUUUAAAGCUUUCAUUCGCAUGUGUUACCUUCUCUCAUCCAUCAAGUCCAACUAAUUGCCCAAAUGUAAAAAGAUAUCGGUAUCUGUGUCCAGUCUUUGGUGUGAUACAAAUCAUAAAUAUAGAGAAAGUAGCCUAUAUUUCCAUACCAUUACUAUGUAAAUUCCCAAUUCCCAUUUUUUAAAAUUAUAUGUAUGUAUGGUGUUUCACAUAACAUAUGUGUCAUUUGAAGAUUUGUUACGUGUUUGAUAAACAAAUAUGAAAGGGAUAUAGAGUAGAGUGAUUACUGUUAAUAGGAAACAUUACAGGAGACAACAUCCUCCUGGUAGGAGAUGCAGUAUCUUUGCUUUGUGGGAGCUCUAAAUCUUGCUCUGAUUUGAGCAGCUUUUACUCACAACUGCAUGAUGGGCUUCACAGUUAAUCUUCCUAAUUAACCAACUUUUGGUUUUAUGAGAAGCUUUGCACUACCUACUAUCACUGUCAGUGUUGUGCAUGCAUACAUAUAUUACUGGGUUAGACCAUGUUGCAUGUAUGUUGAUAACUCUUUUGAAAAACACCCUGAGGCUCCAACUACAAUCAUAUAUCUUUAAACUGUUGUGACAAAUAAAAUCUUUUUUUUCUUCAAAAUA